UGACACUUCAACUUGCCGUGCUCUACGGUAGUUGAUUCAGUCAGUCACUCACACCGUCUCCGGGGCUCUCACGUCGUCUUUGUGAAGUGGAGGCAGCGAGACAGAGGAGCACCGUAAACACGAGGUUUGGAGAAACAAUACGCGGAUCCGCCGCGGAGGUCCGAGCGCAAAAUCACCGCUUAAGGAGGGGGGUCAGUGAAGGACUGUGCGUGAGGAAUACAUGAAGGGCGGGGUGGGGGAGGGGGCGGCCACCACCACAGCGGCAGUACCACCAAGGUCAAAGUUCACACAGACUCGCUCUGUGAUUGAUGAGGAUUAAGGAACGGAUUUUGCCUAAUAGAAAACACAGGAGCGUCCUCAUCCACAACUGAGUACAGAACUUUUUAAUGGCGUCCCGGUAGAGACAUCAAGAUGAACACGUUACCAUCAAUGGACCGGCACAUCCAGCAGACCAAUGACAGGCUGCAGUGCAUCAAACAGCACUUACAGAACCCGGCCAACUUCCACUCAGCGGCCACAGAGCUGCUCGACUGGUGUGGAGAUCCCCGGGCCUUCCAGCGACCUUUCGAGCAAAGUCUCAUGGGAUGUCUGACGGUGGUGAGUCGUGUCGCUGCUCAGCAGGGCUUUGACCUGGACCUGGGCUACAGGUUGCUGGCUGUGUGUGCUGCCAACAGGGACAAAUUCACCCCCAAGUCUGCAGAAACCAGCACCUGCAGGAGAUGUCAGAGUGACUCAGCCCUGCUGUCGUCGUGGUGCGAGGAGCUGGGUCGUCUCCUCCUGCUGCGUCACCAGAAGAGCCGGCAGAACGAACCGCAGGGAAAAGUCCCCAUGCAGCCCAGCAUGAACAGCAUGAAGCCCGGCCUCACACACAGUGAUGGAUCUUUUCCCUAUGACUCUGUCCCCUGGCAACAAAACACCAACCAGCCCCCUGGGUCAUUGUCUGUGGUCACAACAGUGUGGGGCGUGACCAACACGUCACAGAGUCAGGUGCUAGGUAACCCAAUGGCAAAUAGCAAUAACCCCAUGAACCCUGGAGGUAACCCCAUGGGAUCGGGUCUGUCUGCCAGCGCUGCAGGGCUCAACUCACCCCAGUUCAGUGCUCAGCAGCAACAGUUUCCAAACAAAGGAGGCUCCAACCAACCGUACAUGCAGCAGGGCAUGUACGGCAGGCCUGGCUACCCCGGAGGUCCUGGGGGAUACAGCGGGAGCUACUCUGGAGGCCCAAAUCCUCCUCCAGGAGGAAUGGGACUGACCUCCCACACACGUCCUCCCGGUGACUUCACUCAGCCAGCCGCCGCCGCUGCAGCAGCAGCUGUCGCCGCUGCUGCUGCUACGGCAACAGCCACAGCGACGGCCACCGUGGCAGCUCUGCAGGAAACCCAGAAUAAAGACAUGAACCAAUAUGGACAGAUGUGUUCGUCGUUCCAAAUGGGCCCUGCACAGGCCUACAACAGCCAGUUCAUGAACCAGCCAGGCCCACGAGGCCCCCCUGGAGGUAUGAAUCCAGCCAGCAUGGGAUCAGCCAUGAACAACCCCAACAUGAGUGGGCCUCCCAUGGGCAUGAACCAGGCUCGGACCCCAGGCAUGGUACCUUUCGGAGCUCACGGCCAAAGGAUGCCUCAGCAAGGGUAUCCCGGAGGACCUCGACAGGGCAUGCCCAUGCAGGGGAUGAAGAGGCCAUAUCCUGGGGAAGGGAGUUACGGGGGUCAGCAGUACGGGCCAAACAGCCAGUUCCCACCCCAGCAGGGCCAGUACCCCUCAUCGAAUGCCUCCAGGCCGCUGCCAUCUCCAAACUACCCCGGCCAGAGGAUGCCAGGGCAGCAGGGACAAGGACAGUACCCACCUGGCAUGCCCAUGGGCCAGUACUACAAGCAAGAGCCCUUUAAUGGUCAGAGCACCAACUUCUCUGGAGGCGGAUACUCCUACGGCCAAGGCAACGGGCCCCCGAGGCCCGGAAACUACCCCCACUCCCCGGUCCCUGGAAACCCCACACCCCCUAUGACCCCAGGAAGUAGUAUUCCUCCGUACCUGUCGCCAAACCAGGAUGUGAAGCCCCCGUUUCCACCCGACAUGAAACCAAAUAUGACAGCACUUCCGCCCCCUCCGACUAACCCCAAUGAGGAGCUGCGGCUGACGUUCCCAGUCAGGGACGGAGUGGUGCUGGAGCCGUUCCGCUUGGAGCACAACCUGGCUGUCAGUAACCACGUCUUCCACCUCCGACCCUCCGUCCACCAGACACUCAUGUGGAGGUCAGACCUUGAGCUCCAGUUUAAGUGCUACCACCAUGAAGACAGGCAGAUGAACACCAACUGGCCCGCCUCCGUCCAGGUCAGCGUCAACGCCACACCCCUCACCAUCGAAAGGGGAGACAACAAAACCUCCCACAAACCCCUGCACCUGAAGCACGUAUGCCAACCUGGAAGAAACACCAUCCAGAUUACAGUCACCGCCUGCUGUUGUUCCCACCUGUUUGUGCUGCAGCUGGUCCACAGGCCAUCUGUGCGAUCCGUCCUCCAGGGGCUCCUGAAGAAGAGACUCCUUCCUGCAGAACACUGCAUCACCAAGGUUAAGAGGAACUUCAGCAGUGUGGCGGCCUCGGCGGGCAGCACCACUCUCAACGGGGAAGACGGUGUGGAGCAGACGGCCAUUAAAGUGUCGCUGAAAUGUCCCAUUACCUUCCGACGCAUCCAGCUACCCGCACGAGGGCACGACUGCAAACAUGUCCAGUGCUUCGAUCUGGAGUCCUACUUGCAGCUCAACUGUGAGAGGGGGACAUGGAGGUGUCCUGUGUGCAAUAAAACUGCAUUAUUAGAAGGUCUGGAGGUGGACCAGUACAUGUGGGGAAUCCUCAAUGCCAUCCAAAAUUCAGAGUUUGAGGAGGUCACUAUAGACCCUACAUGUAGCUGGCGACCGGUCCCCAUCAAGUCUGAGCUACACAUCAAAGAGGACCCUGACGGGCCACUUGCCAAACGCUUUAAGACCAUGAGCCCCAGUCAGAUGACCAUGCCCAAUGUGAUGGAGAUGAUCGCCCAGCUAGGGCCUGGCCCAGGACCUGGCCCUGGCCCCGGACUAGGACCCAGCCCCUACCCACCACACCCUAAUCAACAUCCUAGUGGCAACGGGGGAGAUUACCCUGGAGCAGGCAACACUUACCACAGCCAAGGGAGCUUUGACUUCUCUCACGGCAACCCCUCUGGUGGUGGAGUCGGAGGAGGUGGAGGAGGUCCCCCGAUGAAUGACUUCAUCCAUGGCCCACAGCUCUCCCACCCCCCAGAUGGACCUGGUGGUCUCCUCUCCCAGGACAAGCCCCUGACCCAUGGCAUGAAUGAUGCAAUGUCCCAUCCCGAUCAGUCCCAUAACUCCAUGCAGCAGAGCUUGCAUGCGUCUCCCCACCCCGGCAGCCAAUCAGGGCCGCCCUUACAUCACAGUGGCCAGUCAGGGCAGCCCUUGCAUCACAGCGGGCAACCAUCGCAGCCGCCUCGCCAGUCGCAGCCGCAGCCUCAGCAACAGCCUCAGCCGCAGCCUCAGCAACCUGGGCAGAACAGUCACCCCCACAGCGAUCUGAACUUUAACCCCUCCUCAGAUGGGCAGAUGGGUCAGGGAGCCCAGGAUAUGCCUGAACCCUCCCUGGAUCUGCUUCCAGAGCUGGCCAACCCAGAUGAGUUACUGUCAUACCUGGACCCUCCUGACCUCCCCGCCAACAGCAACGACGACCUUCUCUCCCUCUUUGAGAACAACUAGCCCCUCACCUCCCCUAAAAAAAAAAAACCCUCCUGCACCUACAGGAGUCGUGACGUGUUUGACUGUCCGUCCACAGACACCUCACCGACCUCCUAUCGAUACUUCAAGCGGCUUCCUAUGCUCACGCACGCACACACAUACACGGUCUAUCAAGAGAUGAUGUGUGGCAUGGGAGCACAGCUGUAAAGAGGCGCCUGUUUGGGAAUUUCAGUGGAGAACACAGGAAUGCCGCUCCCUUUUUUUCCCCACUGCACUCCCCUUUUUGUCCUUGUGUAAAGAUUCCACGCACCAGUUCCACCGCCUCUGACUCGAAACACGCCAUUUACAGCCAUGUUGGCGGGCACUAAAGUGAUAUUAUAUAUAUACAUAUAUGAUAUUUGUGACUUUUAAACUGAAAACUGUGCAGCUAUAAUCAUCAUGUGUAAACAACACGGAGGAGACGGGAGCCGUUGUGGGCUCGAGGUAAAGUGUUGUAGCUUUGUUUGUUUGUUUGUUUGUUUUUUUAUUAUAAUUUUCCUUUUGUGAAAAAAAAACAACAACAGAUGUCUUGUAAGAGUGUUAUUAUCCUAUUUGAAAUGUGUUCUUCCAAAACUUUGGCACACGCCAUGCCCCUUUGACCUCCCUUCAGACUCCUCAGUGUGUGUGUGUGUGUGUGUGUGUGUGU